UUUUACGGAGGGACGCAUUGGGGAUGCUGGCGAUGCGUACGUGACCCGCCAGCCAACACUCAGCACACUCCAGUUUGCAGCUAUGGACUCGGGCCGGGCGCGCAUGGAUUGCUACUAGCUAGCUACUCACCGUACGCGUGCCGGCAGGCAUGGCGGAUGCGUGGCAGGGAUCAUGGAGGUGGGCGGUCGCAACCACCAACCGCGGCGGCGGCGAUCCUGUGCAGCUGCGGCAGCCACCACCUCAACCUGCUCUGCUUCAUCAUCAUAUCUACGACGACAACUGUGGCGCCAGCAGCACCGCUUCAGGUACCAUCCUGUCCAUGUCCAACACCACCACCUACGCACCCAGCACCGCCGCGUCCCUUCCGUUCCCAUUCACCGUCGCCACUGCCGGCGGCCUCACCGACGAGGAGAAGAAGGCGACCAUGCGCGAGCACAUCAGGGACCUCAUCAUCCACGGAUCCCGUGGCGGUGGAUAUGGAGCGGCUACGACCACUACAGGCGCCGCCGCCGCCGGUAGCAGCAGCGCACUGGGCAGGUGGCUGUCGGAGCUGCAGGUCAGCUGGGUCCUCCACGUCGCCCAGCUGGACGCGGCGUCCGCGGGGAGGACCUUCGUGUCGCGGCGACUCCAGCACACCGCACGCAGCUGGGUCACCGCUAUCCACGCCAUCGGCAGGUGCGUCGCUAGCUUCACUGGAUGGUGUAGUAGCCAGGAGCAGCAGGAGGAGGAACAAGCUCUGCCCUGGCCACCUGCUUCAGAGUUGGUAGGAUUUGUCGCGGCAACCUUCUUGCUCAUGCUCCCUUUCGUCGACGCCGUCGUUGCCCUGGACGACGUCGUUGGUCCUGUUAGCGCUAGCAGUGACGACGACUAUGGCCAUGGUGGUGUCAUUUCUGGCAACAAGGGUGCAGUGGCAUCGGCUCAUAAGUUCAGGACACUGACUGAUGUCCGUGAUGCUCUUGCCGGGGUCUCAGAGCAGGUCCAACUCUGGCACUCAUGUCUCAGUUCCUCCUCCUGUUCGUCAUCAACCGACGCAGAAGCUGCGAGGAUGAGCGGGGAGAUGAGAAGCCUGCUGUUGGCGAAGCUGGACAAGGUGGACGAGGCCAUGAGGAACACGAGAGACUGUAUCAGGACACACUUCAUGUCCUUGAUGACGGACGGCCAUGGCCAUGACCAUGACUACAAAGCAGCGUCAGGACUGCAUCCAUCGCCUGGCAUUCAUGUUGCCACUCAGUUUGCAGCACGCUACAUCAUUGUGUUGUCGACUAGUUACUACAGCUACAACUGUUCAUCAGUGGAUCCUCCGACUGCAUAUGAAGCAUCUCUGUGUCUCGGUGAGAAUAAUACCAGUUCUUCCACCAACCUGAAUAUUGUGAUCAUCCGUUCCCUAGAAGAAAGCCUCACCAGGGUGUCACAGUCAUUUCCAGAUCAGAGCCUCAGGUUCCUGUUCAUGGCCAACAAUUUCUACUUCCUGUGGCACCAACUGCUUUCUCAAAAUCUGCUUUUGGAUGUCCCAACGGAUGUCCUGGCUCACAAGAUUGACAGUUACAUAAACAGUUAUCUGCAAGUAUCCUGGACGCCGGUGUUGAAGCCCUUGCAUAGUCAUUCAUCACCUUGUUGCUUUUUCUUUAUGAGAUAUUCAGCACAACAUAAGUUCUUGUCAGAGUUUGAGAAGGCCUACGUUGAGCAGAAACUCUGGAAGGUUCCAGACCCAGAGCUAAGGAAAGUGCUGCGGACAGCCAUCGUUGACAAAGUCAUUUCAGCCUUCACAAAGUUCUUGGAGGAUGGUGGUGUUAGCGCUUCAAGAGUCAUCGUUAGUCCUGAGAGCUUGCAGGAGAUGUUGGAAGAGUUAUUUGAAGGAUGAAUAACCGGUGCACCACUGCUAGUUACCAACAUUCAGUUAGUAUUGCUUCUACGUCCAUCGUUUCAUUGUGGUUUUAAAUGAGAAACGAUCUUCAAACAACUUGACUUAUGGAUGGAGCUGCCGACUAAAAGUUGAAGCACUACAAGUAAUAAGUCUGUUUUGGCUGAUGUUACUUCGUCAAAUUUGUAGAUCUCUAGAUUUAGUUCAAUAUAAUGCAGAUCUGUUUCGUCAAAAAUAUAAUGCAGAGCUCGCUCUCUAUAUGCAAAAACUGCAUUAAGACAAGAGUAGUAUUCUUAUUUUGUCAAUUAGCCCAUGUACUCGCUACUACCGCUGCUAAUGUGUAUGUUCUUGUUUUCUUGU